UCCGUUGGUUCUUCGUUCACAAGCGUACUGGUCGUUGCGCCGCUGAGGUCUUACGGGUUUCUCGUUGAACGGUCUUCGCGCGGAUUGUGUGCAAAUUGUGUCGUCGAUUGGAAUAGUAUACCUUGGGUGCUUCGGUUUGCAAGUUCAAUGUCAAUGUCUGACUAGUGGAUUGUCGUUCCUCAGCUAGACCGGAUACGGACGCAGGACUCAGGCAGGCGCUUACGGGAAAAUCUGGCGGAAUUUGGAAACGGACGCUUCGUGAGAGGAUUUACUUGGUGACGUGGAUUGUUAAUCGUAUUUUGUGUUUUGGGUCGGUGUUAAGCAAUUGGUGAUUAGUGAAACUAUUCGUUAAGUGAAGUGAUUUGUGAAGGAACUGAUAAACAGUACAAAUUAUUAUAACAAUGGGUUCGAGAAUUGAAAAUCCCGCUAUUGAGCACCGUGCCAAGCCUCCGCUACCCGGUGAGGAGAUUGUGAUUGCCGGUAUUUCUGGUCGGUUCCCGAAUUCGGACAAUGUGCGCGAAUACGCCCAUAACCUGUACAACAAGAUCGACAUGGUGGACGAACUGGAAACCCGCUGGCGUCACAGCAACGUGGAAAUCCCUCGCCGUAUGGGAAAGGUCAACAACUUGGAGAAGUUCGAUGCUACGUUCUUCGGUGUGCACUUCAAACAGGCUCACACCAUGGACCCGCAGUGCCGUAUUCUUGUGGAGCAUGCGUACGAAGCAGUCAUCGAUGCUGGUGUGAACCCGAAGAGCCUUCGAGGAUCACGUACCGGAGUGUUCAUCGGAGCAUGCUUUGCCGAGUCGGAAAAGACUUGGUUCUACGAGAAGAUUUCUUCAGGUGGUUUUGGUAUUACUGGAUGUUCCCGUGCUAUGAUGGCGAACCGUAUUUCCUACACCAUGGGUCUGAACGGUCCAUCUUUUCUGUUGGAUACCGCUUGCAGUAGUUCCAUGUAUGCUCUGGACUGUGCCUUCAAUGCCAUUCGCAACGGAGAGUGUGACGCGGCCAUCGUUGGUGGAUCUAACUUGCUGUUACAUCCAUACGUCACUCUACAAUUCGCACGUCUUGGAGUCUUGGCUGCUGAUGGAUACUGUCGUCCAUUCGACAAAGAUGCUUCCGGUUACACCCGUUCGGAGGCCAUCUGCGUUGUGUUCCUCCAGAAGGCCAAGGAUGCUAAGCGAAUUUACGCUGAUGUUGUCUACUCCAAGACCAAUUGCGAUGGGUUCAAAGAGGAAGGCAUCACCUACCCAUCCGGACCGAUGCAACGGAAACUGCUUUCUGAGUUCUACCAAGAAAUCAAUAUCGAUCCAUCAACCGUUGACUACGUAGAAGCUCACAGUACUGGUACGGUUGUCGGUGAUCCAGAAGAAUGUAACGGAUUGGAUAAGGUCUUUUGCCAAGGUCGUAAGAAGCCACUACCAGUCGGAUCAGUCAAAUCCAACAUUGGACAUUCCGAAUCUAGCUCCGGUAUUUGCUCUAUUAUCAAGUCGGUUCUGGCCUUCGAAAACCAGGUUAUUCCACCUAACAUCAACUUCACCGAAACCAGAGGUGACAUUCCAUCGCUGGUCGAAGGACGCUUGUCGGUUGUUUCGGAACCUACACCUCUGGAUGGUCCACUGAUUGCGGUGAACUCCUUCGGUUUCGGUGGCGCCAACGCUCAUGCUCUGCUCAAAGGUAACCCGAAGCUGAAGGUCAACGGUGGAAUUCCUGAAGACAAUCUACCACGCUUGGUCACCUGGUCGGGUAGAACCGAAGAGGCCAUCGAUGUCAUUUUGACUGAACUUAGCAACAAACACCUGGAUGCCGAAUAUGUUUCGCUGUUGCACAGCGUCCAGAGCGAGUCUAUUCCUGGAAACGUAUUCCGUGGCUACGGAGUCUACGCUAAGAAUGGCAUGGAGAACGCACUCUGCUUGGGACGUGAUUGUCAGCAUUAUACCGGUAUGAAGCGUCCGCUCGUUUGGGUAUUCAGCGGUAUGGGAUCUCAAUGGACCGAGAUGGGUACUUCUCUAUUGGAAAUUCCAAUCUUCCGCGCUUCGGUCGAGAAAUGCCAUCGUGUGCUGGAGAAAAGAGGACUGAAUUUGAUGGAGAUCUUGACCUCUAAGGAUUGCAAAUACGAAAACAUUCUUCACUCGUUUGUGGGAAUUGCCGCUGUUCAAAUCGGUAUCGUAGAUGUCCUGCGUUCCCUGGAUAUCGAACCGGACUUCGUUAUUGGACAUUCAGUCGGUGAGCUGGGUUGCGCGUACGCUGACGGAUGUUUCACAGCCGAGCAAAUGAUCCUGUCUGCAUACUCCCGAGGUAUGGCAAGUUUGGAGACAAAGACCGUGUUUGGUUCGAUGGCAGCUGUUGGAAUGGGUUACCGUAAGAUCCGAACAAUGAUUCCACCGGGAAUUGAAGUGGCCUGUCACAACGGUCCGGAUUCGUGUACCAUCUCUGGACCUAAGGAAAAUGUGGAAGCCUUUGUUAAGGAGCUGACCGGAAAGGGAAUAUUUGCCAAGGAAGUUCCUUGCUCGAACAUUCCUUAUCACAGCAAGUACAUUGCUGAAAUGGGACCAAGGCUGUUGGCGCGACUGAACGAAGUUAUCCCAGAACCGAAGAAACGAUCGCCCAAGUGGCUGAGUUCAUCUGUGCCAAAGAUCCGUUGGGACCAGCCGGAAAGUCAGUACUCCUCGGCUCACUAUCAUACGAACAAUCUGCUGAGCUCGGUAUUGUUCGAGGAAACCUCCGCUCUUCUUCCAAACAACGCAAUAACCAUUGAAGUUGCUCCCCAUGGACUGUUGCAAGCCAUUUUGAAGAAAUCCAUGCCCAACGCUAUUCAUAUUGGUUUGACUAAGCGUGGUAAUAAGGAUAACGUGCAGUACAUGUUCAACGCUUUGGGAAAAUUGUACGUCAACGGCUUGGACAUCCCGGUUUCACGUUUGUACCCGCAAGUGGAAUACCCUGUCUCUCGAGGAACACCUCUGAUCUCGCACUUGGUUCGUUGGGAUCACAGCGAAGAUUGGUUCGUAACCAAGUUCGAAAUGCAGAAGUCUUCGAAGAGUGGAGAACGUCGCGUCAAGAUCAAACUGAGCGAUCAGGACUUCAGCUACAUCGCCGGGCACGUCAUCGACGGUCGUGUGCUGUUCCCUGCAACGGCGUACCUGCAUCUGGCAUGGGAAACUCUUGCUAUGGUAAAAGGUCCAAUGUAUUUCGACUUGGAGGUGGAAUUCGAGGAUGUUAAGUUCCUGCGUGCUACGUCGAUUGCCAAGGACCAGGAAAUCGAGUUCACCGUGAUGCUUCAACCGGGUACCGGCCGCUUUGAAAUCACCGAAGGAUCGGCAGCAGUCGUUACAGGCUACGUCAAACACGUUGAGAACAUUCAACUGUCGGAAAUUCCAGACCCACCGGAAAGCGACUUCCCAAUGUUAACCGCUCGUGACUUCUACAAGGAGCUUCGUCUGCGUGGUUACCAUUACAAUGGAGCUUUCCGUGCAGUACAGGAAGCACGAGCUGAUGCACGUUGUGGAAAGGUCAGCUGGGAUCUGAACUGGGUAUCGUUCCUUGACUGCUUACUACAGUGCUGUAUCGUUGGCAAGGAUACGCGCUCUCUGAUGAUCCCGACAGGAAUUGAACGUUUGCGCAUUGAUCCCAAGAUGCAUCUGGCCAUUGCCAAUACCAUGGAAGAAGGCGAACAGGUGUUCGACUUCAAAUUCUCCGACGUGUUGAAUACGAUUCGUUGCGGUGGAAUCGAAGUCAUCGGGCUGCAGGCUAGCACCGUUGGACGCAGGAAGCCACCAGGUUAUCCAGUUUUGGAAUCAUACCAGUUUAUCUCGCACCUUCCAGCACCGAAGAUGAGCAAGGCCGAUGCCGUGCGAGUAUGCGUUCAACUCGCCUUAGAAAACAUCCCGGUUCCGAAGGUGAAGGCCGUUGAGACUGACUUCCAUAACGAUACUCCUAUUACGCCUCUAUUCGCUGAAGCUCUUGGAGAUCUUCCGUUGGUCACCGCCGAUCUGAUGUUCCUCUCGCAGCAACAGCUAUCCUUGACCGGAGUACAUGUUGAAGAUGGAAAACUGUCUACCCAAUCAAGCUGUCUCUUCUUGAUUUCCGUGAACUGCCUUGGACGUCCAGAGCUGAUCGAGGAAGCUGCCAACAGCUUACACGAUAGUGGUUUCAUCCUAUCUCGAGAAGCCGCAAACUUGGCAUUGGAUAGCAUCGUUGCUCCUGCUGGAUACCAGCUGAUUGCCCUGAUUCCAGUAGAAGAUGAAACCUACGUGCUCUUGCAGCGUAUCAAGCGCAAGUACAUGGGAAGCCCAACCAUUGUUCAGAUUCCCAACGACGACAAGUUUGAAUGGGUCGCUAAGCUGCGUGAUGCAAUGAAGCAAGGAUCGGUGAUUGCUGUUGCUCAAGGAGACAGCAUGUCUGGUAUCCUCGGUCUUGUAAACUGUAUUCGUAAGGAACCUGAUGGUGGAAUGGUGAGCUGCGUCUUUGUAGAUGAUCCGAGGGCACCUCCAUUCGAGCUCGAUAACCCCGUAUAUAAAUCGCAUUUGAAACUAGGCCUGGCUUUGAACGUGUACCGAAAUGGACGCUGGGGAUCUUACCGUCACCUGCAGCUGCUGCAACCCAUUGUCACCAAGCCAAGACGUGACCACUGCUAUGCGAAUGCUCUGACUAAGGGAGAUCUGUCAUCGAUGACCUGGCUUGGUGGACCGUACAACCAGCGAAGACCGACUCGCGAGCUCGUCAAGGUUUGCUACAGUUCUUUGAACUUCCGCGAUGUUAUGUUUGCAUCGGGUAAACUUACGGCUGACUUCGCCAAUCUGUCCCGCCUGGAACAACAGUGUGAUCUCGGUUUCGAGUAUUCUGGAGUCACCGAAAGUGGCAAGCGAUUGAUGGGUAUGCUUACAACCGGCGCAAUGGCAACUCACGUCGAGAAUGAUGAAUCGUUGACAUGGAUUGUUCCUGAACACUGGACUCUGGAAGAGGCUGCCACAGUUCCUGUUGUCUACGGUACCGUGUACACUGCUUUGUUCCUCAACGCAAACAUCCAGAAGGGACAAUCCAUCCUCAUCCACGCUGGUAGUGGAGGUGUUGGUCUAGCAGCUAUCAAUGUAUGUCAAGCAUACGGAUUGGAAGUUUACACAACUGUGGGAACGCAAGCGAAGCGGGACUUCCUACUCCAAACCUUCCCCAAAUUGAAACCUGAGAACAUUGGAAACUCUCGUGAUACUUCAUUCGAGAAAAUGAUCAUGCUUCGCACCAAUGGAAUGGGCGUUGACUACGUUCUGAACUCGUUGUCUGAAGAUAAACUGCAGGCUUCGUUGCGUUGCUUGGGCAAGUACGGAAAAUUCCUGGAAAUCGGCAAAUAUGAUAUGGCCAAUGACAGCAAACUGGGUCUGCACCGAUUCUUGCGAGCCUUGUCGUUCACGGCUAUCUUGGUAGAUUUCCUGUUCACGGCCCCUCUAGAGGAAAAGCAGGUCUUGCGUGAUCUCGUCGAUAAGGAUAUCAAGGCCGGAAUCGUUAAGCCAUUGAAGACCAACGUUUUCCCUGCCAGUGAAAUUGAGAAUGCCUUCCGAUAUCUGGCCAGCGGCAAGCACGUCGGCAAGGUUUUGCUGAAGAUCCGUGAAAAUCCAAAUGACGUAGAAUCGGUACCGAUUGCUUAUCUGCCUCGAAUGUACUGCAAUCCGGACCAUUCGUACAUUAUUGCUGGAGGCCUGGGUGGUUUUGGUUUGGAACUUGCUGAUUGGCUGGUACUGCGUGGAUGUCGUAAACUUGUCCUGAGCUCUAGCCGAGGCAUUACCAAGCCAUACCAAGCCUACCGUAUCAAAAUGUGGGAACAAUACGGUGUCCAAGUGGUAGUUAACACCGAAGAUAUUACGACCAAGAAGGGAUGCGAAUCGUUGAUAAUGGCUGCCACCAAAUUGGGCCCAGUCGGAGGUAUCUACAAUUUGGCGGUUCAACUGCGCGAUGGUAUCUUUGAAAAUCAGAGUGUCCACAAGUUCAUCGAGUGCAUGGGUCCUAAGGCGGUAGCAACCAAACACUUGGAUGAGCUCAGUCGUAAACUGUGUCCUCAUUUGUCGUACUUCGUUGUGUUCUCUAGCGUUUCCUGCGGUCGUGGAAACGCUGGCCAGAGUAACUACGGUAUGGCGAACUCCGUCAUGGAGCGCAUCAUUGAACAUCGUCAUGCGAAUGGACUGCCGGCCAAGGCCGUUCAAUGGGGAGCCGUUGGAGAAGUUGGUUUGGUUGCGGACAUGCAGGAAGACAAGCUGGAUAUGGAGAUUGGUGGCACUCUACAGCAAAGAAUCUCCUCCUGUCUUCAGGAGCUGGACCCUCUGCUAACGACUCCAGAGCCAAUCGUUGCCAGCAUGGUUGUCGCUGAGAAGCGUGUGAGAAGCACCGGAAAGGAUAAUAUUAUUGAAUCCGUUAUGAACAUCAUGAGCAUCCGUGAUAUCAAGUCGGUAUCAAUGGAUACUACGCUCUCGGAACUUGGAAUGGACUCACUGAUGGCUGUCGAAAUCAAGCAGACGCUUGAACGUGAAUAUGAAUUAUUCCUUACGCCACAGGAUCUCCGCUCGCUGACUUUCCUGAAGCUUCAAGAACUAACAGAGGCAAAGGCCUGUUCCGACGACAACGUUAAAUUGAAGCUGGCCAACGAAAAGACACCAACUGGUGUUGCUAUGUUGCUUCGUAACUUGGGCGAUGAGUUCAACAGCGAGCAUACGAUUCUACGUCUACAGUCCGAGAAUGACUCUAAGAAAUAUAAUGCCUGUGUUCUUCUAACGCCUGGAAUUGAAGGCGUUGCCGGUAAUGCCUGGCAUAGUAUCGCUUCGCAGCUGACCUUGCCUACGUUCAUCACUCAGCUGACCAAGACGAUCAACAUGAGCAGCAUACCAGAAAUCUGUCAAUUCCUGUCCCAAGACGUGAUCGAAAAUGUGUUCAAGGGAACGGAACACUUCUAUCUUGUCGGUUACUCGUUUGGCGCGUUUAUUACGCUAGAAUUGGCACGAUUGCUGGAAGAAACAGGUAAACGAGGAAAAAUCCUACUGAUUGACGGCGCACCCAAGUUCCUGCACAAGCUGGCCUUAGAUCAAAUGUCCGACAAUUGGACCGAUGAAACUGUUCAAAUUGUUCUGUUUGCCGGUAUCCUCAACACUAUCUACCCGGAUGAGACGACAGAUGUACUGCCGAUAAUCAGUGAUUGUCCGUCGUUCGAGGCACGAAUGGACAAACUACUCGAGCUCACCAAGGAUCAGAACAUCUACUCCGAAUCCUACCUGAGAAUGAUGACGAAAGCAUUGUUCAACCGAAUCAAGAUCACCCUGCUGUACGACGUUAACAAGAUCACCCCACUGGAGUCUCCGAUCACCCUGGUACGCCCAACGGAAGUAUCCGUCGUGGACAUCGAAGAAGACUACGGGCUCGCAGAGUACACCAAGGGCACGGUUACUCUUAAGUUCUUGGAGGGUAACCACAUCACCAUGCUGGAGAACCCGAAGCUGACGCAGAUCAUUACCGAGUCCGACCCGGUGCUCGAGUCGGAUCGCUGCUUCCAAAAGUACCUUCAAAGCAAUGUAAUUGCCGAGUAAGAACUAGUUGCACGAAGUUCGCAUUAACCGAAUAGUACGACCACCUCAACUUUGAAAUCGACUGUUGUUUGACAACCCAGGCACACCUCUGCUCCAAAAAGAAAUGAUCACCAUGUAACAAGACAAUCCUAAGUAACGCUAAUAAAAGAAAAGUUAAUUUAUUAUGAGAAA